CUUCUGCUCCUUCCAGCAGAGCUACGCCUGCAGAUCUACAACCAUUUUUUCUCUUCCACUCCCUUUACCUAUGGCAAACUCAACCAGAUGGCGCCGGCAUCCAAUCACCUGGCGAUCCUGCGCUCGUGCCGUCUUAUCAAUCGAGAGAUCGAUGACUCUUGGCUCGGUCAAGUAUUGUUUGCUUUUGAAAACGUCACAGAUCUGCUCAACCAGCUCUCCCCAGCGCCUAGAAGGAUGAUUGAGCAGAUUCGUCGAGUCCGCGUUGGCUCCAGCCCGCUCACACAGUCAAUAGGCGAUGGCCAAGAAACAACAUACAAACUCCCCUGGGCCCUCGACCUGAUUCCCGGUCUAUACCUUGAUACACUUACAGUUAUCAAUACCGAUGGUCCUGAGUUGGCUUAUGAGAAUGUGAACUAUUUAAUUAGGUUCGGCAGUGGAUGGAGGGAGCUGCACUUCAUCACAGGAAACUCGGAAAUGCUUGCCUUCCCUCGGAGAUCGAUCGAGCAUAAUGAAACCACACAAUUCCAAUGGCGCGAUCCUCAGCCUAGCACCUGGAUCAGAGACCUAGCUUUCCGAGAUCAUGUGCACUCUGAUGCUUUUGUCAAGAUCUACCGGUCGACUCAAUCGAACGCCCCAGGCUCGGUCAUGGACCCCAACUCUCGCGAAGUUUUCGAGCAGAAGCCUCCAUCCCCUGAAAAUUCCGAGUUCUUUGGGAUUGACAAAGACGCCCAGCUUAUGCACCCAGAUGAAAUCGGUAAGGAGUUACUGGUGAUUGUAAGACGUGGAAAAGACGUUGAUAUUAGCGCAGAUGAA